UUUUCAAGCAUAAUAAGUGUACAUUACACAGAAACAUCAAGUACCUAGUUAUUUACUAAAUCAUUAAAACGUUUCAUUUAAUAUAUUUAGUGUACAUUUCAUAGGUGUUAACUAUGGCCGACUCCACAUUAAACGAUGUUAGCAAAAUGAAAGUGGUUGAUCUACGAAAAGAACUGAAAUCACGUGGACUCUCUUAUGCCGGCGAUAAAGCAGAACUUGUGGCAAGAUUGCAAGGCUCCAUGGCCCAAGACGAUCACGGAGAUAUUAAUUUGGAUUCAGACGAAAUAGAUUCGGACGGAGUUCUAGAUGAUGAGGAUGACAAAAGUCAAAACGAUAUCCUGGAUGAUGCAGCGGUUGAUACAUUGACUGAGGAACUAGCCUUGGAAGAGAAGUCGCCUUUAAAGGAAGCUGUAGAAGCGAAACCGCCUAGAACUCUCAAACGAAGAAUAACAUCUGACACAACAAAGACAGUUGAAAAUAAAGAUGCAGGUUCAAAGAAAAUUGUACUCAAUAGAAACGCAUCCAUUUUGAAUACAAGAAAAUCUGUUGACGAAGAAAAGAAAGUAACAGAAAAAUCUAAUGAACCCAUAACAGACACAGUAAAUGCAAAUAAAACAGAAACUAACAAGAUAAGAAUAACUGCUGAUAUAGACCCAAAGACCAGAAUGGAAAUGCGUGCAAAACGUUUUGGUUUACCAGUAAAAAUGACAGACGAACAGAGGAAGGAGGCCAGAAAACAGAGAUUUAACCAAAACUCAAACAGUGUAAAUACUGAAAGCAAAGUUAUAACUACUGUGGAUAACCCAUCUCUGUCUGACAACCUCGAUAAACUGAAACAAAGAGCUGAAAGGUUUGGCCAGUCUGUCUCCGCCAUCAUGACCGACAUUGAAAAUAAAGAAAAAUUAGAGAAACGCAAAGCCAAGUUUAGCGCUGUAGUUUAACAUAAGAUAAUAUUAUUAUUCUGCAUUUGGCACUUAUUUUUUUGUAAUUAAUGUGAUUCUUCUAAUACUUUGAUGACUAAUUGUAAUUGUACUGAAACAUAUUUUAUAGGGAUUAAUAAACUUUAAAUAUACAUCUAGAUAUUGUGACUUAUGUUGUGUAAGUUCAUUUUAUUAAUAAGUAUUUGGUUUGAAAUGAAAAAAGAACAGAUUGCGAUGUAUAAAAUAAAUGGUUGUUUUUACUGAAAAGAAUCAAAGGACUUCAAUUUGAAUAAAUAAAUUAAUUAACAUAAAAUAUAUCG